CUUUCGAAAGCCCGCGCACGCACGUCGGUCGUCCCGUACGUGUGCCCGUCUAUCUAUCCUCCUCGACUCCGUCGUGUCUCUUCAACUCCGUCGUGUCGUGUGCAAUCGUUGCAUGCGGCGAACGCUAUACAUGGUGCUCCGAGAGUGUCCGGGAGCAGAGAGCAUCGAUCAAUGGCGGGGUUUGGUCUGGUCUGGUCUGGUCCCAUCCCAGCAGGGUCGCUAAUGCGCGCUCGCUGCUGCUUCUCUCUCUGCAGGAGCAGGACCUCGAUCGGCCGAGAUGGCGACGCCGAACGGGCUUGCGCGGAUCGAGACGACCGGGAAGAAGAAGCAGGACAACGGCGUGUGGUACGACGACAGCUCGGCGCCGGUGCGCGCGCAGACCAUCGACGAGCUGCACUCGCUGCAGCGGAAGCGGUCGGCGCCCAGCACGCCCAAGCGGUCGGCGCCCACCACGCCCAUCAAGGGCGGUGCCCACUCGCCCUUCGCCGUCGCGAUCUCCGAGGAGGAGCGCCACACGCAGCAGAUGCAGUCCAUCAGUGCGUCGUUGGCGUCUCUGACGCGUGAAACCGGGCCGAAAGUGGUCAAGGGCGACCCGGCCGCGAAGGGCGAGGCCGCCGCGCAGGGCGCGCCAUCGACGCCGAGGGCGCACCAGCAGCACCGCCACCCCGCCGCCCCCGCCAUCGCCGUCAGCGACAGCUCCCUCAAGUUCACUCAUGUGCUCAACAACCUCUCGCCUGCUGAGCUGUACGAGCAGGCCAUCAAGUACGAGAAGGGGUCGUUCAUCACGUCCACCGGCGCGCUGGCGACGCUGUCCGGUGCCAAGACCGGGCGGUCUCCCAGGGACAAGCGCGUCGUCAAGGACGAGGUCACCGCGCAGGACCUGUGGUGGGGCAAGGGCUCGCCCAACAUCGAGAUGGACGAGAAGACGUUCCUGAUCAACAGGGAGAGGGCCGUCGACUACCUCAACUCCCUGGAGAAGGUGUUCGUCAACGACCAGUACCUCAACUGGGACCCCGAGAACCGGAUCAAGGUCCGCAUCAUCUCCGCCAGGGCGUACCACUCCCUCUUCAUGCACAACAUGUGCAUCCGCCCCACAGACGAGGAGCUGGAGGACUUCGGCACGCCGGACUUCACCAUCUACAACGCAGGGCAGUUCCCCUGCAACCGCUACACCCACUACAUGACGUCGUCCACGAGCAUAGACCUCAACCUCGCCAGGAGGGAGAUGGUCAUCAUGGGCACGCAGUACGCCGGCGAGAUGAAGAAGGGGCUCUUCGGCGUCAUGCACUACCUCAUGCCCAAGCGCGGCAUCCUCUCGCUGCACUCCGGCUGCAAUAUGGGCAAGGACGGCGACGUCGCCCUCUUCUUUGGCCUCUCAGGUACCGGGAAGACGACGCUGUCGACGGAUCACAACAGGCUUCUGAUCGGCGACGACGAGCACUGCUGGAGCGACAAUGGCGUGUCCAACAUCGAGGGCGGCUGCUACGCCAAGUGCAUCGACCUGGCGCAGGAGAAAGAACCUGAUAUUUGGAACGCCAUCAAGUUUGGAACUGUGCUGGAGAACGUGGUCUUUGAUGAGCAUACUCGUGAAGUCGACUACGCCGACAACUCUGUCACCGAGAACACUCGGGCUGCCUACCCGAUCGAGUACAUCCCCAACGCCAAGAUACCAUGCGUCGGCCCGCACCCCAAGAACGUGAUCCUCCUGGCGUGCGACGCCUUCGGCGUGCUCCCGCCGGUGAGCAAGCUGAACCUGGCGCAGACCAUGUACCACUUCAUCAGCGGCUACACCGCUCUGGUCGCCGGCACGGAGGACGGCAUCAAGGAGCCGCAGGCCACCUUCUCCGCCUGCUUCGGCGCGGCCUUCAUCAUGCUCCACCCGACCAAGUACGCCGCCAUGCUCGCCGAGAAGAUGCAGAAGUACGGCGCCACCGGGUGGCUCGUCAACACCGGCUGGUCGGGUGGCAGGUACGGCGUGGGCAAGAGGAUCAGGCUUCCCUACACCAGAAAGAUCAUCGACGCCAUCCACUCCGGCGAGCUCCUCACCGCCAACUACCAGAAGACCGAGGUGUUUGGCCUGGAGAUCCCCACUGAGAUCAACGGCGUGCCGUCGGAAAUCCUCGACCCGAUCAACACCUGGACGGACAAGGCCGCGUACAAGGAGAAUCUCCUGAGGCUCGGCGGGCUCUUCAAGAAGAACUUCGAGGUGUUCGCCAGCUACAAGAUCGGGGACGACAGCAGCCUGACUGACGAGAUCCUCGCCGCAGGCCCCAACUUCUGAACUAAAGCAAUGGAUCCGGAUGAAUAAAACGAUGGCGUGCGUGCGUGGGUGCGUGUGAAGAUGAUUACGACGACGACGACGAAAAAAAAGGUGUUGGAUCGAUGAGCCAACAUAGUAAUAGAUUAGCUGGGUAUUGUCAUGGGUGCGUCUGGUGUUGUUAUCUAUAAGGCUGUCUGCCUGUCUCAAGCAGCUAUCAUAUUCUAUUUCAAAUUCUAUUCUGUAAGCGUGUAGUUCAAAACAAUGCUUUACACAAC